UCGCUGCCGGGGCCGCUGCUGACAACAAGAUGGCGGCGGCGGCGGGUCCGGCGGGCGCUGAGAGUCGCGUGUUGGGCUACAGCCUGCACCGCUGGAGCAGCUUCUCCUCCACCUACCUGCCCGAGAAUAUCUUGGUGGAUAGACCAAAUGAUCAGUCCUCAAGAUGGUCUUCAGAAAGCAAUUAUCCUCCCCAGUAUUUGAUUCUGAAGCUUGAAAGACCUGCCAUAGUCCAGAGCAUCACAUUUGGCAAAUAUGAGAAAACGCAUGUCUGCAAUUUAAAGAAGUUUAAAGUCUUUGGUGGAAUGAAUGAGGAGAAUAUGACAGAUCUCUUAUCCAGUGGCUUAAAGAAUGAUUAUAACAAAGAAACAUUCACCUUGAAGCAUAAAAUUGAUGAACAGAUGUUCCCCUGUCGAUUCAUUAAGAUAGUUCCACUCUUAUCAUGGGGACCUAGCUUCAAUUUUAGUAUCUGGUAUGUUGAACUAAAUGGCAUUGAUGAUCCAGAUGUGGUCCAGCCGUGCCUCAACUGGUACAGCAAGUACCGUGAACAGGAAGCCAUUCGCCUUUGCCUAAAGCAUUUUCGGCAGCACAACUACACCGAGGCUUUCGAGUCGCUGCAGAAGAAAACCAAGAUUGCUCUGGAGCACCCCAUGUUGACAGACCUGCACGACAAACUGGUGUUGAAGGGGGACUUCGAUGCUUGUGAAGAACUGAUAGAAAAAGCUGUGAAUGAUGGCUUGUUCAAUCAGUAUAUCAGUCAGCAAGAGUACAAACCUCGCUGGGGGCAGAUUAUCCCCAAAAGCACCAAAGGUGACGGGGAAGACAGUCGGCCAGGGAUGAGAGGUGGCCAUCAGAUGGUUAUAGAUGUGCAGACAGAAACUGUAUAUUUGUUUGGUGGCUGGGAUGGAACUCAGGAUCUGGCUGACUUCUGGGCAUAUAGUGUGAAGGAAAACCAGUGGACCUGUAUAUCCAGGGAUACCGAGAAAGAGAGCGGUCCCAGUGCCAGGUCCUGUCACAAGAUGUGCAUUGACAUCCAGCGACGGCAGAUCUACACCCUGGGGCGGUACCUGGAUUCCUCCGUGAGGAACAGCAAGUCCCUGAAAAGUGACUUCUACCGCUACGACAUCGACACCAACACCUGGAUGUUGCUGAGCGAGGACACCGCUGCAGAUGGAGGCCCCAAGCUGGUGUUUGAUCAUCAGAUGUGCAUGGAUUCUGAAAAACACAUGAUCUACACCUUUGGAGGCCGAAUCCUGACCUGCAAUGGCAGUGUGGAUGACAGCAGAGCCAGUGAGCCCCAGUUCAGCGGCUUGUUUGCUUUCGACUGCCAGUGCCAGACGUGGAAACUUCUGAGGGAGGAUUCCUGCAACGCCGGACCCGAGGAUAUCCAGUCCCGGAUAGGGCACUGCAUGUUGUUCCAUUCUAAAAAUCGCUGCUUAUAUGUAUUUGGUGGCCAGAGAUCAAAGACUUAUUUGAACGACUUCUUCAGUUAUGAUGUGGACAGUGACCACGUGGACAUUAUCUCAGAUGGCACGAAAAAAGAUUCAGGGAUGGUUCCAAUGACAGGUUUCACUCAAAGGGCCACCAUUGAUCCCGAACUGAAUGAAAUCCACGUCUUGUCAGGGCUCAGUAAAGACAAGGAGAAGCGGGAAGAGAACGUGAGGAAUUCCUUCUGGAUUUAUGACAUUGUGAGGAACAGCUGGUCUUGUGUCUAUAAGAAUGACCAAGCAGCAAAAGAAAAUCCAGGUAAAAGCCUUCAGGAAGAGGAACCCUGCCCAAGGUUUGCCCAUCAGCUGGUGUACGAUGAGUUGCACAAGGUUCAUUACUUAUUUGGAGGGAAUCCUGGUAAAUCCUGCUCUCCAAAGAUGAGAUUAGAUGAUUUCUGGUCUCUGAAGCUCUGUCGACCUUCAAAGGAAUACCUGCUAAGACACUGCAAAUACCUCAUCAGAAAGCACAGGUUUGAAGAGAAAGCUCAGACUGACCCUCUUAGUGCACUGAAGUACCUGCAGAAUGAUUUAUAUGUAACCGUGGAUCACUCAGACCCUGAGGAGACAAAGGAGGAAUUUGUUCCCAUUUCCUGUUUUGAUUCCAGAUCUGCAGUGCGUGUCACUUUACAAGACGGAUUAAAGAAAUAGUGAGAAGUGUCAGAUAAGGUGGUUGAUUUGACUCUGGCAUUAUUUUCCACAUGGAGUUUGGGGCAGCCAGCUGAGAUGUGCCAGCAUUCUGCUCCUGAUGGGUAGAUAAGGAAAAGUCUGGGGUUCUUGCUGUCUCCUUUCCUUAAUGACUUGGGAAAGGAUUCAACAGCUCCUUUUAUAAAAUCAUGAUAGGAGGAGGGACAGUUCUAUUCCAUGCUGAGUCCCUGGAUUAAAUCUCUUAAUCUGUUGGCUUUAACUUGCUACUUUAGCUAAAGAAAAGAUUAUACAGACACUGAAAGGUCUUGGGGGAGAAUAUAAGAAUAUUCUUGUGCGUGCACAGGAUGGAAUUGUAGAGUUAGAAUUAGGAGAAAAGCUUACUCUUACCAGGAUCUUGGAAGUGAUCACAUUUGUCAUAAAUUCUAAUCAGCAUUUAUAAACAUGUGAGUCAACAAAAUAUUUAAGUGCUGUGACGCUCUGUUCUCUGUAAAUGGUUUCUUGUUCAAAUUGUUCCAUAUCAAGUAGUUUCACAUCCUUUCUAGUCAUUUCUAGCACAGGAAACACAACAGAUGAUCCUGCUUUUCUUAAGAUAGAAAAGGAGAUUUUUUUUUCCCGAUAUGUGCCAUCUUCCCAGUGUGGUAACACUUCCAGAGUCUUUGAGGUUGGAAAAGACCUUUAAGGUCGUCAAGUGCAACCAUUGCGUCAGCACGGCCAAGGCCACCACUAAGCCAUGUCCCCAGGUGCCACAUCUAUGUGGCUUUUAAAUACCUCCAGGGCUGGGGAUUGUAUUUCCCCAGGCAGCCUGUGCCAGAGCUGGACAACCCUUCUGGUGAAUUUUUUCCUGAUACCCAGUCUUAAUUUGAAGCCAUUUCCUCUUGUCCUGCGUUUUAACACUUGGGAGUGAUCCCCCAGCUGUCCCCUCCUGUCAGGGAGUUGUGCAGAGCCAGAAGAUCCCCCCUGAGCUUCCUUUUCUUCAGGCUGAGCCCCUUUCCCAGCUCCCUCAGCCUCAGACCCUUCCCCAGCUCAAUUCCCCUCCCUGGACAUACUCCAUCCCCUCAGUGACUUUCUUGUUGUGAGGAGCCCAAAACUGAACCCAGAAUUCAAAGUUUCUUCUUCCUGUUUGAGCUGUACUAACCCAUACAGUACCAGCCCCCAUCUUGAUGCUCUCUUUUUCCCUUCUGCUCCCUCCCACUCCUAUAAGAUAUGUCCUGUGUUCUCUGAUCUCCUUUUUUCUCCAUGUCACACCUGUGUGCUGGUAGCCUGUCUCUCCUCAGCCAGUUAUUCCUAAGGAGAUCUUGCAUCUCGUGGGUGGCUGGGCCUUUUUGUUAUUCCCUGAACAGCAAACAUCUGUGGUGUGAUGAGCAAGUGCCUCUCCUAGUUCCUGCUGCCUCCUGUCACCCACAGACCGAGGGAGCUGCUGCAGAAGCUGCAUUUUGGGCACACCUGGCACAGAAAACCCUUUAAUAUCCUCCUUUUCCCAGCUCAGUGUUCAACUUGUCUACCUUGUAGGAAUGGAGAAUUUACAUGCCUGCAUGGUCUUCUCUGAGAUUCUGGGGGAAUGUAGAAGCUGUAUCAUACCAGUAAAAACAGAAUAAAAUGUUUGAAAAAAAGAAUUACCCCUUUUUAGAGAGC